CCCUCUCCUACCCAGUCUUUCCCCCAGCUCUCCCCACCCUUCGUGCUCUCCGCCCCGCUCGCCUCCUGUCCUUCCCCGCCCGCUCCAUCCGGGUCGCUGACGGCUGUUUCGGGACUGGACAGUGGUGGCGGCUGCUUUUCUCUGAGGAACCCGGUAAAGUUUCACAGGAGCCGGGGAGGGGAGCAGCGGAGCGGCGGAGCAGCGACACCGACGCCGGAGGAGCCGUGGUGUUCGCCGCCACUGUCUGAAGGAGGAGGGUCCAGGAGCUGGAGACCUGCCUCUACUGCCGCGGUGCCUCGCUCUCUGGGGAGGCGCCGCCCCCCGUCGGCCCGGGCUUCCACUGCCUUGAGGAGCCGGAUAAGAGCUUCAGUUUUCAGUUGAUGUGGAGACAUAGGGAUAUCUCCAACUUUCCAGUGUUUCAGAAGGGAGUUUUUUAUUGAAACUGGAAGACCAAAAGAAUUACAAACAUGUUGUGCUGGGGAAAUGCAUCUUUUGGACAGCUAGGUUUGGGUGGAAUUGAUGAAGAAAUUGUACUAGAACCCAGAAAAAGUGACUUUUUUAUAAAUAAAAAGGUCCGAGACGUAGGAUGUGGACUCAGACAUACUGUGUUUGUUCUGCAUGAUGGAACGGUGUACACUUGUGGAUGUAAUGAUCUAGGACAGCUAGGUCAUGAAAAAUCCAGAAAGAAACCAGAGCAGGUUGUUGCCCUGGAUGCCCAAAAUAUCGUAGCUGUUUCAUGUGGAGAAGCUCAUACAUUAGCACUAAAUGACAAGGGCCAGGUGUAUGCCUGGGGUCUCGAUUCUGAUGGACAACUUGGCCUGCUAGGAUCAGAGGAAUGUAUCAGAGUACCCAGCUGCCUCCUGAAAAUCAUGAGUAUCGACACACUGGUCAGGACUUGCUCCGGAAUCUCAUAUGGCAGAAUCAGGUCAGGUGACAGUAUCAGAAAUAUUAAAAGUUUGUCAGAUAUCCAGAUAGUACAGGUUGCUUGCGGUUACUAUCAUUCUCUUGCACUUUCUAAAGCAAGUGAAGUCUUCUGUUGGGGACAGAAUAAAUAUGGCCAAUUGGGUUUAGGCAUUGACUAUAAAAAGCAAGCUUCACCACAGCUGAUUAAGUCUUUGCUUGGAAUCCCUUUCAUGCAAGUUGCAGCAGGAGGAGCCCAUAGUUUUGUACUCACCCUUUCUGGAGCUAUCUUUGGAUGGGGACGCAACAAAUUUGGUCAACUAGGUCUUAAUGAUGAAAAUGAUAGGUAUUUUCCUAAUUUACUAAAGUCACUAAGAACUCAGAAAAUAGUUUAUAUUUGUUGUGGAGAAGAUCAUACUGCUGCACUAACCAAGGAAGGUGGAGUAUUUACUUUUGGAGCUGGAGGGUAUGGUCAGUUGGGUCAUAACUCUACCAGUCAUGAAAUAAACCCAAGGAAAGUUUUCGAACUUAUGGGAAGCAUUGUAACUCAGAUUGCUUGUGGAAGGCAGCACACUUCUGCUUUUGUUCCUUCAUCAGGACGCAUUUAUUCUUUUGGACUUGGUGGUAAUGGGCAGCUGGGAACUGGUUCAACAAGCAACAGGAAAAGUCCUUUCACUGUGAAAGGGAAUUGGUUCCCUUAUAAUGGGCAAUGUCCAACAGAUAUCGAUUCUGAAGAAUAUUUCUGUGUAAAAAGAAUUUUCUCAGGUGGAGAUCAAAGCUUUGCACAUUACUCUAAUCCCCAGAACUGUAGACCACCAGAUGACUUUAGAUGUACUGAUCCUUCAAAGCAGAUCUGGACUGUGAAUGAAGCCCUAAUUCAGAAAUGGUUGAGCUACCCCUCUGGAAGGGUUCCUGUGGAGAUAGCCAAUGAAAUAGAUGGAACAUUUUCAUCCUCUGGUUGUCUAAAUGGAAGUUUUUUAGCUGUUAGCAAUGAUGAUCACUAUAAAACAGGCGCCAAAUUUUCAGGAGUUGACAUGAAUGCUGCUAGGCUUUUAUUUCACAAACUUAUACAACCUGAUCAUCCUCAGAUAUCUCAGCAGGUGGCAGCUAGUUUGGAAAAGAAUCUUAUUCCUAAACUGACUGGCUCCUUACCUGACGUUGAAGCAUUGAGGUUUUAUCUUACUCUACCAGAAUGUCCCCUGAUGAAUGAUCCCAACAAUUUCAUAACAAUAGCAAUUCCCUUUGGUAGAGCUCUUGUGAACCUAGAAAAGGCACCACUGAAAGUACUUGAAAAAUGGUGGUCAGUGCUUGAACCUCCACUAUUCCUCAAGAUUGUAGAACUUUUUAAGGAAGUUGUGGUACAUCUUUUGAAAGAGUACAAGCGCAGCAUUGCCUCUCCUGAAAGAAGAAUUUUCAACAGUUUUCUUCAUACUGCAUUAAAGGUUUUAGAAAUAUUACAUAGGGUAAAUGAGAAAUCGGGACAGAUUAUACAGUAUGAUAAAUUUUAUAUACAUGAAGUACAAGAAUUGAUAGACAUAAGGAAUGAUUAUAUCAACUGGGUCCAACAGCAGGCAUAUGGAAUGGAUGUCAACCAUGGAUUAACUGAGUUGGCAGAUAUCCCUGUUACAAUCUGCACAUAUCCAUUUGUAUUUGAUGCCCAAGCAAAAACUACUCUGUUACAAACAGAUGCAGUCUUACAGAUGCAGAUGGCUAUUGACCAGGCCCACAGACAGAAUGUCUCCUCUCUUUUUCUCCCAGUGAUUGAAUCUGUGAAUCCCUGCUUAAUUCUAGUGGUGCGCAGAGAAAAUAUUGUAGGAGAUGCAAUGGAAGUCCUUAGGAAAACAAAGAAUAUAGACUACAAAAAGCCGCUCAAGGUUAUAUUUGUUGGAGAAGAUGCUGUUGAUGCAGGAGGGGUACGCAAAGAAUUUUUCUUGCUCAUCAUGAGGGAAUUACUGGAUCCUAAAUAUGGCAUGUUUAGAUAUUAUGAAGAUUCAAGACUCAUUUGGUUUUCUGAUAAGACAUUUGAAGACAGUGAUUUGUUCCACUUGAUUGGUGUUAUCUGUGGAUUAGCAAUUUAUAAUUUUACUAUUGUGGACCUCCAUUUUCCUUUGGCUUUAUAUAAGAAACUGCUGAAAAAGAAGCCAUCCCUGGAUGAUUUGAAAGAACUGGUGCCUGAUGUUGGGAGAAGCAUGCAACAGUUACUGGAUUAUCCAGAAGACGAUGUUGAGGAAACAUUUUGUCUUAAUUUUACGAUCACAGUUGAAAACUUUGGUGCAACAGAAGUGAAAGAGCUGAUUGUAAAUGGUGCAGACACAGCUGUUAACAAACAAAAUCGAAAGGAGUUUGUUGAUGCUUAUGUGGAUUACAUAUUCAAUAAAUCAGUGGCUUCCUUGUUUGAUGCUUUUCAUGCCGGCUUUCAUAAGGUCUGUGGAGGAAAAGUCCUUCAGCUCUUCCAGCCUAAUGAACUACAAGCAAUGGUUAUUGGAAAUACAAAUUAUGAUUGGAAGGAACUGGAACAGAAUACAGAAUACAAAGGGGAGUACUGGGCAGAACAUCCUACAAUAAAAAUUUUUUGGGAAGUAUUUCAUGAAUUACCAUUGGAAAAGAAAAAACAAUUUCUGUUAUUUUUGACAGGUAGUGAUCGCAUUCCUAUUCUUGGUAUGAAGAGUCUAAAACUAGCCAUCCAGUCCACAGGAGGUGGUGAGGAAUAUCUCCCAGUUUCCCAUACCUGUUUUAAUCUUCUGGAUCUUCCAAAAUAUACAGAAAAAGAAACUCUACGCUCUAAACUGAUCCAAGCUAUUGAUCACAAUGAAGGCUUCAGUUUAAUAUAACUUUGGAGUUGUAACUAUUCAGUUUACUGCAAAAGCAUUAAACUAAUUAUUUGUGUUUUUCUUGUGGUGAUGAAUUCAGCAAGGUGACAGAGGUACUAUUAUAAUUCUUACUUGCAAAAUGUUCAAUGCUAUGAGUAUUGAUGAAAGCCAAAAAAUAUUAAAGGAAAAUGAACAAACUGUGUUAAUGUUAAAAUUAUUGUACAGACCAUGGAUUUUUUUUUUGCCUUCUUCCAAUAAACAUACAAGUAUUGUGAAUACAUUGAAGUUUUACUAACAUGAAUUUUAAGAGUUUGCAUAUUUCAUAAAUGAUCUGGUGUGUGAGUGCAUGGAAGUGUUGCUUAAUUUUUCUUCAAUCACUGGGUGAAAAACCUUUAACUUUGGCCUGCAGUAGUCAUUUGAUUAUUUUUUCAUUUUGAAAAUAAUGUUAAGUUUUGUAAUAAAAUAGUUAUGUUCUGAUACCAGUACAGUUUCUAUGGUUGUAAUUGAACUGACUUUUAAGGAUUAAAAAUUAUGAUUUAAA